GCUCUUCAGGGGUUUCCCUUUAAUUCUUACCUUUCCAUUUUGGAGGGGCCGAACAUCUUCCUCCGAAUGCGAUAUUCAUAUUCCCGAUAAUGUCCAUUCGCGAGUCUCUUCAACCUAAUUAUCUUUCCUUGUAAUAGAAUGUCAUUGUAUUCGACCUAAUUCGAUUAUCCGCUGCACAAUCAAUAAUCUGCGGGCCAAGAUCCGGUACGCCAUUGCAUUCGAUCGCCCCUCCAGUACCAACUAUUUUCUCGAACCGCCAUCAACGCUUACAAUUGGAUGGUUGCAUUAAUACCUAGGCUUGAAGAAUACCUACCCAACCAGCCGAUACGUCGAAAGACUGACCGAAAGAGGCAAUUCCGACAGAGGCAAACGCCAACUAUAAACAACCAUGUCGAGCACCCAAGUCGGAGGGGACUCGAAGCUAUUCGCUCGAGGGAAAGUUACCGAACUGCGACUCGAGCUGAACGCCGGCGGAAAGAAGGAUAAGAACUACACGCAGAAGAAGAUCGCACUCAAGAAGAUUGUCGCGAACAUGACUAUGAGCAACAAUGAGAUGGUCUCCCUCUUCCCCGAUAUAAUAGGCUGCAUGCACAUCCAGAGCCUCGAAAUCAAGAAGAUGUGUUUCUUAUUCUUAGUCAACUAUUCGAGGAUGCGCCCCGAGAUUGCGGUAAAAGCAAUCCCGUUUUUACAACACGAUAUGGAAGACAACAAUCCGCUAGUCAGGGCUUUAGCUCUCCGAACUAUGUCAUACGUUCACGUCAAAGAAUUCGUCGAGGCUACGGUCCCCCUUGUCAAACGCCUGCUCAGAGACUCCGAUCCCUACGUACGAAAGACGGCCGCUUUUUGUGUCGCGAAGUUAUACGAUCAUGAUAAGCACAUGGUCGAACAAUCCGACCUAAUAGAUAGGCUAAAUCAGCUGCUGAGAGAUGACAACCCUACCGUGGUGGCGAGCGCGUUAGCUGGGUUGAUGGAUAUCUGGGAACGUAGCGAUUCCAUCAAGCUUACUAUUGAUUACAGCAAUGCCUCCAAGAUGGUAGCAAUCCUGCCAGAUUGUUCUGAGUGGGGCCAGACUUACAUCCUUGAGGCUUUAAUGUCCUAUGUACCUCAGGAGUCAGGGGAAGCAACUUUACUGGCUGAACGUAUAGCACCGCGGUUAUCACACUCAAAUUCCGCCGUUGUACUCACUUGCAUUCGUGUAAUUCUGUAUUUGAUGAACUACAUCGCAGAGGAGAAGCAGAUCUCGGCCUUGUGUCGGAAACUGUCUCCGCCGCUUGUGACGUUAUUAGCAAAGGGCCCAGAGGUGCAAUAUCUUGCUCUACGGAACGCGCUACUCAUACUUCAGAGAAGACCAGAUGUUCUGCGUAACGAUAUCCGUGUAUUCUUCUGUAAAUACAACGAUCCGAUCUAUGUCAAGGUCACUAAGCUCGAGCUGAUAUUCAUGCUCGCCAAUGAGAAGAACAUCGACGAAGUACUAACCGAACUAAGAGAAUACGCGACGGAAGUUGACGUGCAUUUUGUUCGUAAGGCAGUGAGAGCUAUCGGCAAGCUGGCCAUUAAGAUUGAGCCGGCUGCGAGACGGUGCAUAAACCUGCUACUCGAACUUGUCGCAACGAAGGUCCCGUAUAUCGUCCAAGAGGCCACCGUGGUUAUCCGCAACAUCUUCCGAAAAUACCCCAACCAGUACGAGUCCAUCAUCGGUACGCUUUGCGAACAUCUCGACUCCCUCGACGAGCCCGAGGCAAAAGCUGCAAUGGUCUGGGUUAUCGGGCAGUAUGCAGAUCGUAUCGAGAAUAGCGACGUCUUACUCGAGGACUUCCUGUAUUCUUUUGCGGAGGAACCCGUAGAAGUACAACUAGCGCUACUCACGGCCACUGUCAAGCUCUUCAUUCAGCGACCCACCAAGGGCCAGGAUCUCGUACCGAAAGUCCUAAAGUGGGCCACGGAAGAAACCGACAACCCGGACCUCCGGGACCGUGCGUACAUGUACUGGCGACUCCUCAGCACGGAUAUGAACGUCGCGAAGCAGAUGGUCAUGGGUGAGAAACCCCCCAUCACAGCCGAGUCUGAGAAGCUCGACCCCCAGACCCUAGAGGAAAUGUGUCUCAACGUCGGCACGCUGGCCACUAUCUACCUCAAGCCCGUCCAAACCGUCUUCCGCAGCGCGCGUCCCCGCCGCCUCCCUGACUCACCCGCCCUGCAGAAACACGCCCUACCCUCCGCUGCCAACUUGCCCGCAUUUGAGGCCCAGAAGAGCCUCAGCAUGUUCGGCAUGGGCGGACAACCCGCCGUCCUACGACCCGACAGCAACGACGGCGUUGCACGCGCCCAGGCCACCGACGCUAGCAGCAGUAACAGCGGCAACGGCCCAGACAGCAUGGCCAACGCUGUCAGCGACGCGGACGCGUACUUCGCAGGUAUCGGUAGCCAGCAGAUGGCCGCCAUGGGCAUCCACGAAGCGGGCGAUUCGUCCUUCGGCGGUGGCGGGACCGAGGCUUCCUACGUCGUGAACCAGUACGCGCCGCAGCAAGUCUUCCAGCCCGCGCAGGGUGUUGGAAGCAAUGGCGACUUGUUGCUUCUAUAGUUAGGUACUUGUGCCUAUCCUCAUAAACUUCGAUGUACGGGAAUAAGAGUUGCAGCCGGUGAGGAUGAGAAGGAUGAGUGCAAGAAUGACAGAUACGUGAGGUUAAGUGUGGCCAGGACGCAGACGAAGGAACUACCUAAUUAAAUUAACCUAACCUACCCAAGGGUGGAUGUGCAAAUUGUCGGGUAUAUGUAAAUAUUACCACUGUCAAAAUUAGAGAAAGCAAGCAAGCAAGCAUGGGAUACUGAUAUUUUUAAGGACGUGUACAUCAAUCACAAUAUUAUCUUUUUAGACCUUUCGGA